AUGGCUUCUAAUCACUCCUACUUUUUCGCUGUUUCUUUUUUGUUUCUUUCUCACUGCAUUUCUAUCUUUCCUUCUCAUUACUCUUUAUUUUCCGUCAUUACUUUCUUUCUUAUAUUUUCUUUCCUUUCUUUUCCCGUUACAUUUCUUUCUUUCUUUUGUGCUACAAUUUCUUUCUUUCUUUUUCACUACCUUUCUUUCUUUCUUUCUUUCUUUCUUUCUGUCUUUCUUUCUUUUCAUCACAUUUCUGCUUCCGCAUUCCAAAUCGUGUCUCUGUCUAGCCAAGAUCCGAACAACAACCCGCAACUCAAGUUUAAUCGUUCCGCGUUAGAGUUUUCCCCUCUUAUUUACUUUUUUUAUUUGUAUUCUAUUUACUCAUUCUCAUGUCCCUUGCUGCUGUCUUCUUCUUCUUCUUCUUCUUCACCAACAUUAUCCUCAUCCUCCUUAUUCUCCCUCCUCUUCUUCUGCUCUUCCUCCUCUCUCUUCGUCUUUCUUGACUCUUUCAUUUUUCUAUUUUCUUUCUCACCCUGUCUCUUUCUCAUGCUUUCUUCUUCUUCUUCUUCUUCUUCUUCUUCGCACUUCUUCUUCGCACUUCUGCUAAACCCUCUUCUUCUAUGUUCUGGUAUCGUAAGUGUUGUCGCUUUCCCCGUGCCUAUCAACGCCAGCGAAUCUUGCCUCUCUAUCUCGCUAUCAAUCAAUCCACCAUACUUUUUUCUUGCUUCCUCAAAAUUUUAUUAUCACUUUUCCAUUUAUUCUUCACGCUUUUUUUCCGCACCCAUUAUUAGAAAAGACCCUCUAUCUCAUACCCUUUUCGAUGACGCUUUUUUUUCUUUCUUUCUCUUCCGGGCAUUGCCUUUUCAGACCCUUAUCUUGGCUUACAUUUCAAGUCUACGUCAACAGUUUCACGGAUUUUCUUUUUAUUUCCCGUUUUCUCAAUCUUAA